CCUGCCCCUGACCUACGGCCUCCCAAGGUGCCAGGGUCCUUUACUGUCCUCUCAGCUGGUCUCGCAUCCUUUCCUGGACACCCAGGCCUCCCUCCCAAAGCUGUCUGCCUCACUGUGGGGCGUGCCCGGGUGUCUCCUUUCGCAGACUUGGUUUGCCUGGACAGAAGCGCAGAGCCCAGCACCUGCGUGGACAGCUCGGCGUCCCCAUCGGUGGCCCAGCUGGCAGGGCACUUUCGGGAGCAGGCGGCUGCAACCAAGGAGACACCAGCCAGUAAACCAACCAGAAGGAAACCGCCCUGCUCCCUCCCCCUGUUCCCCCACAAGGUAGAGAUGGGCCAGAAUGGUGAAGAGAAAGCGUCGCCUCAUGGCAGCCACCCUCCUAAAGUCAAGGUGAAGAGCUCACCCCUGAUUGAGAAGCUGCAGGCCAAUCUGACCUUUGACCCCGCAGUCCUGCUGCCCGGGGCCUCGCCCAAGAGUCCCGGCCUCAAGGCCACGGUGUCACCGUUUCACAGCCCUCCACCCACCCCCAGCAGUCCCGGUGUUCGGUCGAGGCCCAGCGAGGCGGAGGAGGUACCCGUCAGCUUCGACCAGCCCCCGGAAGGGAGUCACCUGCCCUGCUACAACAAGGUGCGGACCAGGGGCUCCAUCAAAAGGCGCCCUCCCUCCAGGAGGUUCCGAAGGUCUCAGUCGGACUGCGGGGACCUCGGAGAUUUCAGGGCCACCGAGUCAUCUCAGGAGAACGGCACCAGGGAGGAGAACGGGGAUGAAGUGUUUGCACCCAAGAGCCAGGCCCCGGGGUCCCCGCCAUCCCGUGGGGGUGCAGGGGAGAGCAGGGUGCUGGUCGGCAAGCCCCCUCUGCGGAGGACAGUGAGCAGCACGGAGAAGCAGGAGGACAGAGCCGGGUGGAGCUCAGAAGGGGCCAGCGGGGGCCCAGCACGGGUGGGGAGCCCUGAGGAGGCCGAGGGUGCGAGUGCGCCCCCCUCAGAAGCAAAGGCCUCCGGAGAGGAAGCAGAGCUGGGGAAGUCUGCAGAGGCAAAGCAGGGAGACAAACAGGACGGCCCCGGCCUGAAGAGCCAAGAUGCAAAGCCGGAGGAGGCGAUCCAAGGGGAGGAGACUGCCCAGGCCCCUGCCAGAGAGAAGGAAGGCGGCAGUGGCCCCACGCAGGAGGAAGGCAAGGAAAAGCCAGAGCAAGGGGCAGCUCCAGGCUGCAGCCCCAGGACGCACCAGGCCACACCGGAGCCCAGCAGUGACACCCAGAGGGGCCCAGGGCUCCCCACGGACGAGCCCCCUGUCCAGGAUACGAAGAUGUGAAAAAGAGCUCGUGGUGCCCUAGCAACGAAGCUGCUGGAGGUGAAGGAGAGGAAGCUGUCUGUCGGCUUGAGUUUGUGUCACUAAAUGGACUUUGUUUAAAACACAAACAUUUAAAGCAGGGAGGAGUGGUGACUGCUUCGGAGACUGCAGCCCCUGGGCUUCUCACCGGCUCCUGGGAAGCUUAUCAGAUGUUGCCUGUGUAAAGUUACAGCCUUUUUACUAUUCAGAAAUGUUUACGGUUCUCAAAUAGUGGUAAAAAUUCAUCUUAAGUGAACAGAAAAAAAGACAGUAGUCUUGCUGAAAAAUACAAAUAAAAGACCUCCAACUGUGUCAAGACCCUUGAGACAGCCUGUCAGCUUGCUCCAAAUAUGAACUGCACAAUCGAUUCUGAAAAUAUUGGUCUAGAAGAAAUAACUGCGUUUAAAAAGAAAAAAUAGCCGGGUGUGGUGGCUCACACCUAUAAUCCCAACACUAGGGAGGCAGA